AUGUCCAUAAGCUGCCAGCCUGCUGUGUCCGUGCCUGUGAGCUGCCAGCCUGCCGUGUCUGUGCCCGUGAGCUGCCAGUCUGCCAUGUCCAUAAGCUGCCAGCCUGCUGUGUCCGUGCCUGUGAGCUGCCAGCCUGCCGUGUCUGUGCCCGUGAGCUGCCAGUCUGCCAUGUCCAUAAGCUGCCAGCCUGCUGUGUCCGUGCCUGUGAGCUGCCAGCCUGCCGUGUCUGUGCCCGUGAGCUGCCAGUCUGCCAUGUCCAUAAGCUGCCAGCCUGCUGUGUCCGUGCCUGUGAGCUGCCAGCCUGCCGUGUCUGUGCCCGUGAGCUGCCAGUCUGCCAUGUCCAUAAGCUGCCAGCCUGCUGUGUCCGUGCCUGUGAGCUGCCAGCCUGCCGUGUCUGUGCCCGUGAGCUGCCAGUCUGCCAUGUCCAUAAGCUGCCAGCCUGCUGUGUCCGUGCCUGUGAGCUGCCAGCCUGCCGUGUCUGUGCCCGUGAGCUGCCAGUCUGCCAUGUCCAUAAGCUGCCAGCCUGCUGUGUCCGUGCCUGUGAGCUGCCAGCCUGCCGUGUCUGUGCCCGUGAGCUGCCAGUCUGCCAUGUCCAUAAGCUGCCAGCCUGCUGUGUCCGUGCCUGUGAGCUGCCAGCCUGCCGUGUCUGUGCCCGUGAGCUGCCAGUCUGCCAUGUCCAUAAGCUGCCAGCCUGCUGUGUCCGUGCCUGUGAGCUGCCAGCCUGCCGUGUCUGUGCCCGUGAGCUGCCAGUCUGCCAUGUCCAUAAGCUGCCAGCCUGCUGUGUCCGUGCCUGUGAGCUGCCAGCCUGCCGUGUCUGUGCCCGUGAGCUGCCAGUCUGCCAUGUCCAUAAGCUGCCAGCCUGCUGUGUCCGUGCCUGUGAGCUGCCAGCCUGCCGUGUCUGUGCCCGUGAGCUGCCAGUCUGCCAUGUCCAUAAGCUGCCAGCCUGCUGUGUCCGUGCCUGUGAGCUGCCAGCCCUCUGUGUCCGUGCCCGUGAGCAGCAAGCCUGCCAUGUAUGUUGUCCCCUCCUCCCAGUCCUCUGUGUGUGCGCCCGUGAGCUACAAGCCCCUCGUGUUCGUGGCCCUCUCCAGCCAGUCGUCCGGGGGCUGCCAGCCUACCCGCCCCACCCUGCUCUGCAGACCCACCCCCUGUAGCACCCCGUGCUGCCUCUGACCACGAGCCUCCCACCCAGCUGCUCCCAGGGCACAGGGGGCCACCCCUGCACCCCUCUAGAACAAGUCUUCAGUGGCCUCCAGGUUCUGCACAGGGCAGGUGAAGAGCAUGCCCAGCGGACCCUCUGAAGCCUGUGGCAAGGAUGUAGCAGGAUGAUGGGGAUCCCUCUGUGACCCUGCGUGUCCCCUCUGGGAGGCCCUGGUUCCCAGGUCGUCUUCAGCAGGGAACCAACCCUGUGUGAGCCAAAUAAAUCAUGCUU